AGGCGUGUCCUGUUUGCUUAUAGGGGCGUGAAAUGUUCUUUAUAUGUGUCCUCCCUGUCGAGAUUAAACCCUCUCCGUCUGCUGAAGCAUUACGGUGCCCUGAGUGACAAUGGCCCAGUCAAUCCUCGACACCAUGCCCGGAGCCUCCACAGGGACCGUGGUGGUCUCAGAUCAUCUGAACUACUGGGGUGGGAAGCGAGUGAAGCCCCGCCAGGAGAUAAACAAAGAGCCCGUGUUUGAACCUGCCACGGGCCGUGUCUUGUGUCAGAUGGUUCCCUGUGGGGCGGAGGAAGUGGACGAGGCCAUCGAGAGUGCCCGUGCUGCCUACCUGAUAUGGAGCAAGAUGGCGGGCAUGGAGAGGGCUCGGGUGAUGUUAGAGGCUGCCCGUAUUAUCAGGGAAAGAAGGGAGAAGAUUGCAAAGCUGGAAGUGAUCAACAAUGGAAAGACCAUCACUGAAGCCCUGGUGGAUAUUGAUAUUGCCUGGCAGUGCAUUGAAUACUAUGCUGGUCUGGCUGGUACACUUGCAGGCCAGCACGUCCAGCUUCCUGGUGGAGCUUUUGCCUACACCAGGAGGGAGCCCCUCGGUGUGUGUGCGGGAAUCGGUGCCUGGAAUUACCCCUUUCAGAUCGCAUCAUGGAAAUCUGCUCCUGCUCUGGCAUGUGGGAACGCCAUGGUGUUUAAGCCUUCUCCGAUGACUCCUGUGACUGCCGUCAUCCUGGCUGAGAUUUACAAAGAGGCGGGGGCUCCUGAUGGGCUCUUCAGUGUGGUACAAGGCGGAGCAGAGACCGGCAGCUUGCUCUGCCAUCACCCCAAGGUGGCCAAAGUCUCUUUCACUGGCAGUGUCCCGACAGGCAAAAAGGUUAUGGAAAUGUCUGCAAAGACUGUGAAGCAGGUGACUCUGGAGCUCGGAGGGAAAUCUCCCCUCCUGAUCUUCAAAGACUGUGAGCUGGAAAACGCAGUGAAGGGAGCACUCAUGGCAAACUUCCUGACACAGGGACAGGUUUGCUGCAAUGGCACCAGAGUCUAUGUGCAGAGAGAGAUUAUGCCCCAGUUCCUGGAACAAGUGGUGAAGAGGACUAAGGCCAUCCCAGUGGGUGACCCCAUGUUGGACGGCACUCGAAUGGGAGCAUUGAUCAGCAAGCCACAGCUGGAGAAGGUCCUGGGAUUUGUCAAUCAGGCCAAACAACAGGGAGCUAAAGUGCUUUGUGGAGGAGAGCCUCUUGUCCCCAGUGACCCCAAAUUGAAAGGAGGCUACUUUAUGUCACCCUGUGUACUCGAUAACUGCAGAGACGACAUGACCUGUGUGAAGGAGGAGAUUUUCGGCCCCGUCAUGUCUGUGCUGCCUUUCGACACAGAAGAGGAAGUGAUCAAGAGAGCCAACAACACCACCUUUGGAUUGGCCUCUGGAGUCUUCACCAGAGACAUUUCCCGAGCCCAUCGUGUGGCUGCGAACCUGGAGGCAGGGACCUGCUUCAUCAACAACUACAACAUCAGCCCCGUGGAAGUGCCUUUUGGAGGAUACAAGAACUCAGGCUUUGGCAGAGAGAACGGCCAGGUGACUAUCGAGUACUACUCCCAGCUGAAGACCGUGGUUGUAGAAAUGGGCGACGUCGACAGCCUCUUCUAAACUCUUCUCACUGAGUUUGCACUGCUUUGCCUUAAAUGUUUUUCCCCCAGACAGGAGUACACACAGAAUGUUCUUCUUUGCACAUGUUUGCAUUAAACCUGUGUGCUUGGAGAGACAAGAAUGAAAAAAUGCCCAUGUAAGAACUGAAUAAGUGGACCAGUUCACAAUAAUCUGUCUUUGCCCAACAAGUGGACCUACUUUAGUAUUAACCAAAUAAAUAAACAAACACAAACCUUGAUGUCAGUCUAAUAGCCGCCUUAUUAAAAAGAACACAUGCUCGUUGUUGUGUGUGAACUGUGAAUCAGCAUUAAUUGGUACCAGAUUUUUAUUCUUUAUGCUGCUUUACUAACAUCUUUUUAUCAUAAUAAACUCCUUUAGAUACAGAG